UGCAACAAAUGCUCCCAUCAGAGCGACCUGCAGCACUGCAGUCGGGUUCACCUUUAACCGCUGUAGCUGCAGCUGGAUGACCUCCCUGCUCACUCUAUGAGGAGGCUUUAAACUGGGAACAAACCAAAGAGGAGCUGCUGGAUGAGUUUUGACUUGUUGGGAUUGCUUUUCCCCCCCUAAAGGUGUCAUCACCUGGAUUUUCUCCUGAGACAGUUUGAGAAAGGACUCGUUUUCUGUGUUUUCUGUUUCUGUGCUGCUGUGGGAAUAAAUAAUGUUCUUCUCCAGGACGGUCCUGCAGCAGUGGUGCUUUGCUGUCUUCUUGCUCUGCUCUCCGGUGCCGCACUUUGGACGGCCGAUUGAUGCCCUGAGCAGCAGAAUGAAACGCUCGGUGAGUCACGCUCAGCUGAUGCACGACAAAGGCCGGAUGAUGAUGGAACAUGAGCGUGUUUUACUCCUGAAGGCGCUUUUGGACGAAGUCCACACGGCAGAGAUCCGUGACCUCCCCAUGCGGACCACAGGGGGAGGCGGGAGCAGCAGCGACGCCGGAGUCAGGAUGCCGGGGGGCGGCCUGGGAAUCAACCUCAGCACCACCGGCAGCACCCUGCACUCCAAACCCCCCGGAGGCACCAAGAACCUCCCCAUCAGCUUCCGGUUGGAGGAGGAGGAGGGCACCAACCUGCCACAGGAGACCAACAAGUCGCAGACAUACAAAGACGGCGUGAAUAAAGUGUCGGGCAAAAAGAAGAAGAAAUCGAGGGCUGGGAAGAGGAGGGAAGGGGAAAAGAGGAAGAGGAGGGCACGCUCUUUGGGGUGGAGGCUGGAGGAUGAACUGGGUAGCGGACUCCACCUGGAGUGGAGGUCUCUGCUCGGCCUCCAGAGGGCGCUGCAUUAAAACGUCGUCAGUCUCUGACGAAGAAACCUUCGGACGGUUGGAGUGGACUCCUAAAUGCUCACAUUACAGACUCUGUAACUGUGAUUGUUUGGAAAGAAAUUGGAAAAUAUUUAUUAUGUGUAAAUAUUCUAAAUAUAGCAGAGUAGAUAGCAGAAUAUGAUAAGAAAAUAAACCUUAUUGACGCUCCGCAGGGCGACAGAUUUUACUCUUUGUGAAUCCUUGCUUUUCCCUUUUUUAAAUUCCAAUUAUGUUCAGUUUUUUGCAUUAAUUUAUUUUGUCUGAAUGGUGUAUUUAUUUGGUAAAUGUAUCAAGGUGCUGCUGACCUUCUAUAUUUUUGUACCGUAAUGCACUUUAGAUAUAUAAAUAUAAAUAUAUAUACCAUUAAUUUUGCUCAUUGACUUGUGUUUGUGGGUGAUUGAAAUGAAGAAAAACGACGGUUGUCUCUCUGUGUUACCUUUCAGUCGGUCUGUCCAAGGGUCCAGUUUAUUUUUGUUUCUCUGCUGCUGUUUGUUCGAUUGUUUUCAGUUUGUUGUCUUCGAACCGCUCUGCUUCUCACGGCCAAACAUCACAUGUGUACAUAAACCAAACACGGCUUCAUAUUGUUGUUUUUGGCACUUGCACUGAGAUAAACAGCCUGUACUGAAUG